UCGAAUUUUAAUAUAUAAAUUGAUAUAUAAAUUAUAUAAAAUAAUAAUAAUAACAACAACAACAACGAAUCAGAUGAUAUUUAGAAGUUUCGAUGUCGUCUGUUUUGAUGACGAGAUUAAUUUUACGGUCGCCAUUUUCUCAUUCCUGUUGAUCGAAUAUCUGGGAUAAAUUAGUAAUAAACAUUGGAAAUUUGUUAUCGUCGAUAACGAAAAUGACGUUUGUUUAAUUGUAUAUAAAUUAUUAAAGUAUUUUACAUCAGUUAUAUCGUCGUAGAUUACGUAUUUGGCGAAUGUGAAACCGAAAAAACAAUUGCUAAGCCUAAGGACUAGGAAAUUAUUGAAAAGAAGAUUCUAGUUUUAAAAUACAUUCUGUGAAUAUAUUUAUAUAUAUAUUUUUUGCUGUCGAAAUCAUUUUAAAGUAAUUAGUUAUGAUUAUUGAAAGUCCAGAAGCAUUGAAGGAAUGGCUAACAGCCUGUUUAGAACCAAAAUGCGAUGCUGAUCCACAAGCAUUGGCAAGAUAUGUAAUGGCUUUAGUAAAGAAAGAUAAACCAGAAAAAGAUUUGAAAGAUAUUUGUUUAGAUCAGUUGGAUGUAUUUUUACAAAAAGAGACAAAACCAUUUGUUGAUUUAUUAUUUGAAACCUUAAAUAACAAAUCUUAUCUCAGGCUUAAUGCAACAAAUAGUGGACCAAUUUCUAAUAAUUUAGUUAUGUCAUCAUUAGAUGCUACAACCAAUAAUUCUUCAGCUUCUAAUGCCAAUAGUUCAACCAUUAAUGGCAAUGCAGCCACAAGCAGUGGAAGAAGUUCGGGAAAUCGUUUGUCACAGAAUAGUACAACUGUUACUUCAGUCACUACUUCAGCUACAUUUAAAAGUGAUGUAAAGAAAACCAAAGAAGGGUUCUGCAGUGAACCAGAAGGUCGUGAAAGAAGACACAGAUCAAGAAGCAGAAGUCGUUCUGGUAGUAGAAGCCCAGUUGGACGUGGAGGAAUUAGGACAAGAAGUCGUAGUAGAGAAAAUGAUGAUAGAAGAGGUAGACGAUUUGCAGAAGAUGAUAGAAGAAGGAGAGUAUCAGUGCGUCGUUUUGAGAACCGUUACAGAGAUUUCAGAGAUAGACGUCUGCAGGAUAAUACUGAUCGAGAUAGAAGUAGAGAACGUGAAAGAGAACGAGAUCGUGAAUCGCGGUCAGCAAGAGAGAGAACUGGUAGAGAUAGAACAGUUCCUAAUGAAAGAGAUAGAAGCAGGUCAAGAAGUGGAAGUUGGAGUAGAAAUAGAUCACGAUCUCGAUCAGGUACUUGGUCACGAUCGCCUUCACGUUCCCAUUCACGAUCUAGAUCUAGGUCUAGGUCUUGGUCAAGAUCUCGAGAUAGGUCAAGAGAUAGGAAUCGUAAUGAAGCUCAUGAAACUCGUUCACGUGGAGAUACAACUCAACUGACUGUAGAUCAUGGUGAUACAGAUUAUCGUUUAGGAGCACAUUCAACUGUACCUGCUGUUCCUGCUGCUUCGGCUGUUGCACCUAUUCCUCCUGUUUCUUCAGUUCCUUCUGUUUCAUUAGUUACUACAACAGAGGUUGUAACCACUCUAGCUACUACACAGUCUACAUCUAGUGAAACUAAUCAGUUUGUAGGGAAAACAGCUAAACGAUGUCGCGAUUAUGAUGAAAUGGGGUAUUGUAUGAGAGGUGAUCUUUGCCCUUAUGAUCAUGGAAAUGAUCCAGUAGUAGUUGAAGAUGUAUCUGUUUUGGGAUUUGGACCAAAUACAGCAACUGCUCCACCUGUUUCGCAACCAUCAGGUAAUAAUAUACACACAAAUACAAUGCAUCAUGUUAUCACUCCAAUUAUUGGACAGCCACCAACACGAUCUCCUCUGCCACCUCCACCACCACCACAGCCUGAACCAUAUAUUCCCGAACCUUAUAAUCCAGAAGCUCCAGGAAUGGAUCGCACACCUCGUUUACCGCCACCUUUUUGGACUCCGACAGGUCCUCCACCAAUUCGAGCAUCAGGUCCACGGGGACCAGCACCUCAACUUCCUCCUCCAUCAGCAUUUCUUUCAAGCCAUCCUCAAAGAACACGAGAACUAAUUGGAGUUCCUACAGUAGAUGAUACAAGAGACUUAAAUGUUGAUUCUCCAAAAAUCAGUAAUAACAACAGCAGUGGAAACAACAAUAACAACAACAGAAUGGUAAUCGAACCUCAACGGCCAGUGUUGAAUAUGCCUUGUAGUCAAACAAUAGCAACAACAGCUUCGAGUGGUCUAAUUACUUCCACAGGUGCUCCUCACAUUAAUCAUUCGAAUGAAGCUAAUAUGAAAAGGAGACCAUUUGACUAUAGUAGAUUAGGACCUAGAAAACAAGCAAAUAUGAAUAAUGAUAGGUGUAUAUUAGAAUUAAGAAAAGUUCCAAGGCAUCUGAAUUCUAUAGCUCAUUUAAAUAGUCAUUUUUCAAAAUUUGGAAACAUAGUGAAUUUACAGGUUUGUUAUGAUGGAGAUCCGGAAGCAGCUUUAAUUCAGUUUAAUAGUCAUGCCGAAGCAAAUGCUGCAUACAGAAGCACAGAAGCCGUUCUUAAUAAUCGUUUUGUAAAAGUAUUUUGGCAUAAUAAAGAUGGUACAAAUAAUUCAAAUCAACAACCACAACAGCAGCAGCAACAACAGCAGCAACAACCACCACAGCAACAGCAGCAACAACCACAACAAGCUCAGAAUCAACAAAAACAAACUCAGAUAUCUCAGUUACAAGAGCAGAAUGGAAUUUCUGAAACUAAUUUAACCAAACCAAGUGUGAAAGAAAGGCUUGGACUGCAACUCAAUAUAUCAAAAGCAAAUAGCAUUUCACAUUGCAAUCAAACAGCUAAUAGUACUUUGGAAGAAGCUACAGAAAGGUCUGUAGUAUUUUCGCCCACUGGUAAUCUCUCAAGAACAGUAUUUAAUCCAUCUGUGUUAAAGAAAACUAAUGUGCCAUCGUCGUUGUCAUCUCUUUUACCUAGAAAAUCUAAAGAAGAACAGAAAAAGAAUGCUCUGAAAAAGAAGAUGGAAGUCCAGAAGAAAAGGCAGCAACUUUUACAAACUAAUGUUCAACAACAUAAAUUAUUGGUUGAAAAAUUAGAGAAAUGCAAGAAUGAAAAAGAAAAAGUAGACAUAAAAGAGACUCUUCAAUCUUUGGUAAAGACAAUAGAGAAACUACAAAUGGAUAUCCGAAAAGAAGCUUCUGAGAUUUCACAGUUAUCUCUUGCUUCAAAUCAUAGAAUUCCUAAAGCCAAAGCUGAGGCCGAGAAAGAAUUGCUCGAUGCUGAAAUGGAUCUUUAUAACAAACAACAUACAGGAGACGAUACCACAGAACUCAGAAGACGAGUUAAUGAACUUAAGCAACAGGCAAGAGCACUUGGCUUAUUGGAUGGUAGAUCUGUACGUGGAAAAAUUAUGAAAACUUUGUCUAGGAGAAGUACAGGAGUAUUACGAGGAAGUAGAUCACUCCUCCAUCAUAAUUUGACAAGUGUCGAUCACAGGCCACGGAAAAUUAUCCUUAAAGGAUUAAAUGAUACUGAAAAAGACAAUAUUUUGCCACAUUUUAUUCAAUAUGCAGAAGUGGAAAAUAUUGAACACACUACUGGAGGAACAGUAGUUACAUUCAAGACUAGGAGAGAUGCCGAAUUAGCUAUUUCUCAUGGAUCAAAGUUCAAUGACAGAGUAUUAACUUUUGCAUGGUACAAGGAAUUGUCAGCCAAUCCUAGCAAUGCAACCUCUGAAUUAGAGGGUCUUGAUGAUGAUUUAGCUGUUGAUGAUGAUAAUCAGCAGUCUUUGUUAGAUGAAGGAGAAGAGGAUCUGCUGUUGGGAGAUGACGAAGAAGAAGAAGACAGCGAGGCGAGAUCGUGGAGACGAUGACCCGGAUUAAACUGUUCGAGCAACAAAGUCAAGUUGAAAACUGGUCAUCUACCUAAUUGUACAGAAUGAAACAAUAAAUUUAGUUUGAUUUUUUUUCCUCAUCUUUAUUUGUUUUAAAAGUUUUAUAUGGUACAUUUUGCUAUAGUAGUUAAACUAAUGCUGCCAUACAAAUGUCUUACUAUUUUAGAGCACCAUUGAUUGAGCUGUAUAAUUUUGUGAAAAAUUUUCAUUGUACUGUAUCAUAAGGUGUCUUAAGAUAUAUGUUAUCAUAAAUACAGUAAUAUGGAGUGACUUAAAGUGACUUCUCACUGAUGAUUUUCACUAAUGGAAUCUAUGUAUUUUGGUGAACCAUUGUUGUCAUACAUUAUUCAUCUUUCAUAUAAUUGACAAAAAAAAUACAAUGAUAUUCUAACAAUUGUAAUGUUACUUUUCUCAUUGUUAAAAGGAAGCAUAUGAUAUUUAAUCACACUCGGAAAAAUUUCUGAUGAUAAAUUACUUUGAAAGUAGUAUAUUAGAUUUAUAUUUUGAAAAUGUAAUUUCGAUAAUUCACCGAAAUGAUUGUAAGAAUGUUUAUGGAUAAGUUCUCCUAAAAUUGAAUGAGAAAUUUUCAAUGAACAGUGUAAAAAUCUACAGUUUGUGUAAAUUUAGCGUUAAUAUAAUAAUGAAAGUAUCGUUACGAAUGUAAUGCAUUCUCCUCCGAUAAAAUACAAUUAUGACACUUAAUGCUUUUCGAUAGAAGCAAAUCUAUUAAAAAAAAAGAAAAGAAAAAUAAAAAAAGAAAAGAGUAAAGAAAACAAAGUAAAAUAAAAAAAGCAAUUUAUAUGAAAGAAUAAUAAUAAAAAAAAUUUAAAUGACAGCAAAAAAAAGUAAAAU